AUGGAGUCACUGCAACUAACUCUAAGGCCAAGAUCUCUACGAGAUGCCCACUUGUCUUCUGUCAGUGGAUACUGGAGGAAAGAAUUUUUCCAGGCUGCAAAUGUUAUUCUAGAUCCAGUCACAGCCCAUCCUGCACUCAUCUUGUCUGAAGAGAACAGAUGUGUAAGCUGUGGAAAGAAGCCUCAAGAUCUACCUAAGGACCCACAGAGAUUUAACUCCCUUCCCUGUGUUCUAGGACACCCAAUCAUCACCUCAGGGAGGUGCUACUGGGAAGUAGACAUCAGAGAUAGUGGAGCCUGGGACCUGGGAAUAUGCAGGAAUAAUGUAAUGAGGCAGGGGAGGAUUUGUGUAAAAUCUGAGGAUGGUUUCUGGGCCAUCAGGUUUUAUAAAGAUGAGUACUGGGCACUCACUUCUCCAGAAAUGCAGCUUACUGUAAGAGAGCACCCUACCAGAAUGUGUAUUUUCUUAGAAUAUGAGGAUGGAUGUAUCUCAUUCUAUAAUAUGACAGAUAAAUCCCACAUUCACACCUUCUCUCAAGGUUCCUUUAGUGGGUCUGUAAGGCCUUUUUUCAGGCUUUGGCUCAAUGAUUCAAAACAUUUGACCAUCUGUCCAGUGCCUGAAGCAUAACUUUUACUGUGAUCCCUCCCCUAUAUUAUCAGCAUCCUAAGACCUGCAGGUCAGUCUGGAUUGAAGUACGAGGACAUGACAUGAAUUCUCCUAUACCGGAAACAAACUAUUUUUUCUUGUCCUUUUCUUUGAUUCUCCCUAACAUUUUAUCUCCUUCAUGAAUGACUCCUCAAAGGCAUGGUGCAGCAUGGAAAAAUGUGUGCUGCUUAUGCUAUGUUUAAUGAAAAUGAAAUGUAUAUACAUAUAAAACAUAUGCAUAUUCAUAUAAUAUAACCAUUUUAUUACUAUAAAUGUACACAAAGCACUAAUGGGUGUGAUUGCCCAAACAAUGUUGAAACUUCUUUAAUAUCUGACAAUGGUAGGAAUAAGGAGAAUAACCUUUUAUUUUACACUCCUUUGUAUCUUUGGGUUUUGAACUAUGUUUAUAAAAUGAUAUGUAGAAAUAUAAAAUUAGUUUCAAUUACAUGAAUAAUAGAAGUGUUGUCAGUUGUCUAAUCAGUAAGACAUUCACAGGGAAGCAAAUAUUUCCUAGUUUAUUCCUCAAUUUAUCCUUUCCUUUUUAUGAAAUUCAUUCUUACACUUUUUAUUCUCUUCACUCUCUUAUGAAAAAUGGGUUCAUUCCUUUCUGU